CUCGUUGUCCAUUUUCACAGCAUCAAUCUAUAUCAACCCAUUCCCCUAUUCCUUGGAGCUAGUUCAUGGAUAUGUAUUUCCCAGAGCAUACUCCAACACCCCUCCCGCAGAUUGAACAGAUCUACGAUACCGUCAACAAACGCUUCGACUCUGGAGUUACCUGUUCUCUCGCGUACAGGCUUUUCAACCUCAAGCAACUAGCUUAUCUUAUUAAAGAUAAUGAAGCGCUUAUUCAGGCAGCAGUUGAGAAUGAUCAAGGCAAAGGACCUUUUGACGUGACUAUUGGAGAGUUGUGGCCGGCGUUGAAUGAGAUUGAUCUUGCAGUUAAGAAUGUGGAGAAUUGGAUGAAGGAUGAGAGCCGCACUGCUGACGCAAUUCUAUCUAUGAAGGCGAUGCCUUCGCGGGUGAAAAAGCAGCCCAAAGGGGUUGCCUUGAUCAUCAGUACAUGGAACUACCCAUGGCAACUAUCUCUUUGCCCACUCGUAGGAGCCAUCUCAGCCGGCUGCCCUGCUAUUCUCAAACUUUCCGAACACUCACCCACGUCAUCUGCCCUUCUAGCCGAUCUUCUACCAAAGUACCUCGACCCGGAGGGGUAUGUCGCGGUCCUUGGAGAAGUGGAGCAGUCACAGGCAUUACUGGUAAAACCCUGGGGACAUAUUCUUUACACAGGUUCAUCUGGAGUGGGCAAGAUUGUCGCUGGAGCCGCUGCCAAGACGCUCACCCCUACCACUCUCGAACUUGGUGGCAAGAGUCCAGUAAUCGUCGCGUCAGAUGCCAACUUCAAGAUUGCAGCUAGAAGAUUGUUCAGCAUCAAGCAGAUGACCGGUGGCCAAAUAUGCGUUGCCCCUGAUUAUGUUCUUUGCGUCAAGGACAAGGUUGACGAAUUUAUCUCCGUUUGCAAGUCCACACUUGAUGAGCUCUUCCCUCCCUUACCUUCCUCUAAAUCACUACUCAGCUCCCCAUCCGGCUCCUCGUUUCUUCGUUCCCCCGCCGAUUUCUCUCGGCAACUAUCAUACAUCGAAAAAGCUGAAAUGGAGGGUAAGCUCGUGUAUAAAGGGGAGAUGGAUGAGAAAACAAGGAGGAUGGGAAUAUCCCUUAUCAGACUAAACGAGAAUGGGGAACGGGAGGAGGGAGGCGUGAUGGUGGACGAGAUUUUUGGUCCUGUUCUGGCUAUCAUUCCUGUUGAAGAUAUUGACGGGGCUAUUGCGUAUGUGAACGCGCGUCCUAAGCCCCUUGCUUUAUACGUCUGUGCCGGCAAACGAUCUAUCUUCGAAAAAGUUAUUUCGCAGACGACGAGUGGUUCUGCGACUUGGAAUGACUUUGCUAUGGCCACUUUUGCCCGUAACCUUCCAUUUGGAGGGGUGGGCGCGAGUGGAUGGGGUUCAUACCAUGGGAAAGACGGCUUUAACGCAUUCACGCAUCACAAAGCCGUACUUGAGAUCCCAUACCUAUUCGAACCUCUCAUAUCCCUCCGUUAUCCCCCCAUUUCCUCCUUAGCCAAGAAGAUAUUGCCGUUCCUCAUGUUUGCCGGUAUCAAAUUUUCCCGACCGAAGUCCAUUGAGCAUGAAGAAGAGUCGCUGAGAAGGAGGAAAUGGAGGUGGAGGGUGAUUGUGUUGGGAUUUUUGAUGGGUGCGUUGGUUGGAGGAAAGCGAUUGCUGGGAAAUGGUCAAUAGCGCUGUUGGGGCUGCCCUUUCCAGCUUUGCGACCUGAUACGAGGGGGCAAGGGUUAGCGUUGUUAUUGUUGUUGAGUGAGAAAGGGAUUCCGCCGGAAAAUAGCUGAGUUGGGUAACGUAAAAAUGUACUGAUUCCGGAUUUAUAACCCUCG